CUCUGGAGAAGACUUCGUGGUAAGAAGCGGCCAGGGAUGGCGUUCUGCCUCUUGAUGAUUCUGUCCGUGGUGGCUGUCACUCACCUUCCUCCAGAGCAUCCAGCUUCCACUCCAGGACUUGGGCCCAUGGGUCCCCAGGGGAAAAUGGGCAUGCCUGACUCCAGCAUUUGGCAGGCUUUGAACUCUAGCCAGAAGCAGCAGGCAAGAAACCUGAGCUUCUGGAAAGGCCAGCCUUUGCCCAGAAAUUCCAUCUUGGUCUGCACUGAGAAACAAAGCCACAGAAGGCCCGUGGACAGACGCAGACACGCACUGAGGGUCAGGAGAGACGCUGCUGUGACACUCAGUGCCCAGCAUCCCAUGCUUUCUGUGGAGGAUGAGGUCAGAGAUGCAGGAGGCACAGCCCAGGACCCAUCUGGGCAUGAUGGCCCUGUCCAAGAGACACAGAGUAAGACAGACACCCUGGUUAGCCCACUCACGGGGAGCAGCCUGGCAACUCCCCAGGCAUGGAGAGGUUCUGCUGCAGUGAAUUUUAGGUCCCAACCAGCAGAAGGUGGGGAUUCCCUGCCAGGAGCCAAGGACAGAGUCUUGACUGGUGGGAAGGCUAGGGGUGACUCUGCAGGUUCUAGAACCCAUUGGUGGCAUGGCUCUGUUGGAGAGCUGCAAAGGUCCCCAUGGUGUCACACUGAGCCCCCUGGGUUAUCUGCCAGUGCUGUGACUGGGGGGCAGGUCCCACCAUGGUUCACGGAACAUGACGUACGGACUCUGGGGCUACUGGCCCAUGGGGAGGUGGUGGGCAAGGCCAGGGUCCCUGCCCAUGGGCAGGUGCUGCAGGUGGGGCUAUCUGCUGGGGGUGACCUCAGCAUGCCUCCUCCCAGACUCCGCCAGCUCUGCUCCCAGGGUCUCUGCGGCCUGAUCAAGAGGCCCAGGGACCUGCUUGAAGUCCUGUCCUUCCACGUGGACCGUGUCCUGGGUCUGCAACGGAGCCUGCCAGCGGCAGCGCGGAGCUUCCACAGUCCCCUUCUGCCCUACCGCUACACGGAUGGCAGUCUGAGGCCCGUCAUCUGGUGGGCACCCGAUGUGCAGCAUUUAGGAGACCCCAGUGAGGACCAGAACUCUCUGGUCCUGGGCUGGUUGCAGUACCAGGCCCUGCUGGCUCGAGGCUGCAGCUCGCUGGGCCAGCUCCCAUGCCCCGGCAUCCACCGUGCCGAGUGGGCUCGUUUGGCCCUCUUUGACUUCCUGCUGCAGGUCCACGAUCGCCUGGAUCGCUACUGCUGUGGCUUUGAGCCUGAGCCCUCAGACCCCUGUGUGGAAGAGGGGCUCCGAGAGAAGUGUCGGAACCCAGAUGAGCUGCGGCUGGUACACAUCCUGGUCCGGAGCAGCGAUCCAUCUCACCUGGUGUUCAUAGACAAUGCUGGCAACCUUCAGCAUCCUGAGGACAAGCUGAACUUUCGGCUGCUGGAAGGCAUAGAUGGGUUUCCCGAGUCUGUCGUGAAGGUUCUUGCAUCAGGAUGCCUACAGAACCUGCUGCUCAAGUCCCUACAGAUGGACCAGGUGUUCUGGAAGAGCCAAGGUGGAGCCAGAGGUCUGAAGCACGCUCUUGAGAUGCUGGAGAGGCGAGGACAGGUCCUGCUGAAACACAUACAGAAGCACAACCUCACACUAUUCAGAGACAAGGACCUGUGA